CCUAGUGUUUUGCUUUACGACGUGCGCGCUCCCGCGAGAUACGUGCACGACUCCGCAGAGCGCCCGUCGCACCUGAGCGGACAGACAGACGGGUCCGGACGAGGACGGGAAAGUUUGACGGGAAAUGAGUAGUUGUUCUACAGACAACCCGACAUGAAACACCGGCCACACAGAGCGAGAGUCCAGCUGUAAUGUUUGUACUGCAGACGGUUACAGGUUUUCAGCUUGAAAUGAAUGAAAUCACAGAAGGGCACAGCGGGUGUGCCAACCAAGAGAGAUCUCUACCUGCUUCCAGCUCCCCUCUGUCGUCUCCCGGCUGCACCUCCACCCAAACAUGGCUGCCAGCUGAAUCCCCUCUGAGGUCUCCCUGGAUGAAGUGUCGUCAGAUGGAGCAGGACCGGGAUUCUCAGCACCAUCACGAUGAGAUGCAGUCCAGUCCUCCAUCCCGUUUCUAUGAGGAACUCUUCUGUACCAGCCAGGCCUCCAAAAUUGUGGUCCCUCUGACCGGCACCCUCAUGACCUCCUCCGGGCCACAGAGCGAUGUGGUGAAACAAGGUUACCUCGGGAAGCUGGAUUGGAAUCACAGACAUUAUUUUGUCCUGAGAGCGGGAAGUCACACCGGGCCAAGCCGACUCGAGUGGUACAAGAACCAGGAGAAGUUCACAGCAAUGGAGAAGUCUGCUGGUAAAGCUGCGCUGUUUGGCUCAAGCAAGCAAGGGGUGAUCUACCUGAGCUGCUGUCUUGGUGUGAGCCGGAGCGGCAGUUCUAGGAAGCGCCACACGGUGGUGCUGUAUGCCAAGGAUCAAACCAUUGUGCUAGUGGUGGAUGACCAGUGGGAACAAGAAGACUGGUAUCUGGCCAUUAAGAAACUGAUGGAGGAAGAGCGGAAGGAUGAAGAGCAUGGAGAAGGAUUUGAUGAAGAGGAUGAUGGGUAUUGCACCCUGCCCCCUGCUGCUUUCUUCAAAGAGGUGUGGCCCGUCACAGUGAAGCCCGUCGGUCUGGGCUGCUCCAAGUCCCUGGCUGGGGAGAGCCGUCUCUGCCUCACAGCUACGUCUCUCAUCUUGGUCAGAGUGGCCGCCGCAUGCAGUGAUUCGCCGUCGGUUACAAUACCUUUGCUGAGUGUUAGGCGCUUUGGUCACUUGGAUGGUUCGUUCUACUUGGAGCUCGGCAGGUCGGCACCAAACGGUCCGGGAGAGGUCUGGAUGGAAGCAGGAGACCAAGGAAACCCAGCGGUUGCCCAGCACAUUCAUGAGUCUGUUCGUGACACAGUUAGGGCGCUGCGAGCUCUCCCUGACUUCAGCCGGUCACCGACCUCCAACAACAAUCCGCUUCAAACCCUUCAGGCUUUAAAACGCUGCAGACCCAAAUACAGAGACAGAAUGAUGAACGUGAGACCACCUGGUUCUCGUCUGGCCCUGCACCUCAGAAACCCUGAAAUGAAUACAAGUCCAACUAAAUGUCACCUCGAGCCCAACAAACUGAAGCCUGAGUCCACUGCGAGCUCCUCCUCACAUCUCAGCCCGCUCAGAACCCAGCAGAGCUCCACGUCUGGGACUGGCAGCUACAUGGACAUGAAGAUGGACCAACAUAUCCCUGUGAACAAAGGGAGGGAAAACGACAGCAGAAGAGCUGCCAUGGCGACAGGGGACCACUGCAGUGAUGCAGACUGCGGGACGGAGAACUGGGAGCCAGGUGAGGAGCAGGGUCUGGGUUACAUGAUGAUGUCGUCACAUGGAAGCCAAAGUUCAGCUGUACUGCCUCAGGACGACUAUGUGACCAUGGCAAGCCCACAGAAAGACAACAGAGCAGCCUACUCUUCAUCCUCCUCUUCCCUUCAGACAUCAUUCAACAGCUCCACCUCUGAGAGCUCCUCUCCGUCACAUCUUCAGACCAAUGAGCUCAGUCAGCCGCACUGGCUGGUGACCUCAGACCAACAGUCAGAAACAGAAGCUGACCAAUCACAGAUGAGAAUCAGCUGCUCCGGCCGACCACAGGACGAUGCAAGCCAGGAGCAGACGUCCGCCAAGCAGAGACGAGUAGAGCAGACCAGGGCCUCUUCGUCUCCUGUGAGGAGUGUUUAUUGGUCUGGCAUGAUGACUCCAUUUGUCACAAGCGGUCCAGACCAUACCAGGCCAGUCCAGGCUAGUCCAAACUCUGGCAAAGACUGGUCUAGCCGAGCCGCAUCAGACAAAUCUGUCAGAAGAUACCGGCUGUCUUUGUGUCUGCCUUCCUGCCUGCAAGCUGAGGACAGAUGCUGAGUUGUUGUAAUAAUUAAUUGUUUUGUUGAGAUCAAUAAUCUGAACAGAAGCUACUUAUUUAUUCAGGUGACGUUAUAGUUACAGGCCACAAAAAGUAAAAGUUAUGAAAGAAUGAUUGAUUGAUGUGUUCAGUCCACUGGGGCUUUAAAGUCUUAGAUUAAAUACAGAAUAUGUUUGAAAAAAAUUAAAGUUGUCUCUGACACAUUUAAUCUGUUAUUUUGUUUGUAAAUGUACUUUGUGUUUGGUUUCAGUUUUCCCCUGUUUUGUCAAUUUUCUUUUUUUCUCCUCU